UUUACAUUUAAUUUGCAUAAACAUAAAUUAUAAUAAAUUAACUACAUACUAAAUUUAAACUAAAAUGCUACAAAGACUUUUAAAUAAAAACCUAACACAACAAAACUAUAGUUUAAUAACAAAACUUAGAUUUAACUUAAAACAUCGCUAUUCAACAAGUGGCUCAACUGGACCAAGGAUUUGUAUUGUAGGAGCCGGACCAGCAGGUUUCUAUGCAGCUCAAUAUAUACUAAAAACCCUGCAAGAUUCUAAAGUAGAUGUAAUAGAAAAAUUGCCAGUACCCUUUGGUUUAGUGCGUUUCGGCGUUGCCCCUGACCAUCCGGAGGUGAAAAAUGUCAUUAACACUUUUACAAAAACUGCUGAUAAUUCUCGCUUUAAUUUCUAUGGUAAUGUUACAUUGGGUAAAGAUGUUAGUUUACAGCAAUUACGGGAUAACUAUCAUGCAGUCCUUUUGACCUAUGGUGCCGAUCAAGAUCGUGAAUUGGGUAUAGCGAAUGAAAACGAAUCAAAUGUAUUGUCGGCUAGAAAUUUUGUUGCUUGGUAUAAUGGUUUACCGGGUGCUGAGAAUCUAAAUCCAAAUUUAAAUGGCAAAUCUGUGACAAUAGUUGGUCAAGGCAAUGUAGCAGUUGAUGUUGCAAGAAUGCUUUUGAGCCCAAUUGAUGAUUUAAAGAAAACCGAUAUAACCUCCUACGCCUUGGACACUUUAGCCAGCAGUAAAGUAGAACAAGUAUAUUUAGUUGGUCGUAGAGGACCUUUACAGGUGGCUUUUACCAUUAAAGAACUAAGGGAAAUGUUAAAACUGCCAAAUGUUAGCACACGAUGGAGACAACAAGACUUUGAAGGCGUAGCAGAAGUAGUUGACAAACUAGCUAGACCUCGUAAACGUUUAACAGAGUUAAUGCUUAAAAGCUUAAAAGAACAACCACCAAGUCCACAACAUAAAAGACAAUUUUUACCCAUUUUCAUGAGAUCACCUAAAUCAUUAGACAACAAUCAACUUAUAUUCAAUGUCAAUCGUAUGCAAGAUGAUCAAGCUAUAGCCACCGAACAAGAAGAAUCAUUACCUGCAGAAUUAGUUCUUAGAAGUAUUGGAUAUAAAUCUUCCUGUGCCGAUAGCGCUAUAUGUUUUGAUGCUAAAACAGGAAAAGUUUUUAACCAACAGGGUAGAGUUUUAAAAUCCCCAGAGGAUACAACUAUAGAUAAUGCUUUAUAUGUGGCUGGGUGGUUGGGCACUGGUCCCACAGGCGUUAUCUUGACUACAAUGAAUGGAGCUUUUGCUGUAGCUAAAACUAUAUGUGAUGAUGUUUUAAGUAAAAAUAUUAAUACAGAUGAUCAGAAAAUGGGCUUAAAGGAGUUAUUGAAAACUCAUGCUGUAGUUAACUGGCAAGGUUGGCAAAAAAUUGAUCAAGAAGAAACUAAAAGGGGACAAUUGGUGGGUAAACCUAGAGAGAAAAUUGUUCAAAUCGAUGAAAUGUUGAAAGUAGCUGGUGUAUGAUAAUCAAAAUGUUUAUUAACUAACAGGAAGGUGCUAAAGAUAUUUGUUUUAUGAUACAAUAAGCAUAUAAAGUUUGUAGUAAAAAUUAAUAGCCGAACAAGUCUAAAGUUUUAAUUUUUGUUAGAAAAUUAAAUUAUGUAUAGGGGAUUUAUUGUUUUUUACAAAAAAAUGGUUUUUAUUUACUAAUUUUUACAUUAUUUGUAUAAAAUUUAUUACUUUGUUACAAAUUUGUUACAUUCUUCUAUAAGUAUAUUAAAUAAAUUAAAUUUUUAUCAAAGUAGACUU